ACGAGAACUUACGAAACUUUGUGGCACUGAGAACAUGACUUGAAACUUAUAUUGAAACAUAACCGAAAAAACUCAGAAACGUGGAAUAACGAAUUUUCACGGGCGACGAUAACAGCGCGAUUACGUACCCGGCCGGUCGAACACGGAGGCUUAUCACCGCCGCCGCCGACGAUGACUGCGGAUACGUAACGCACCGCUAUGCAUCGCACGAAAAUAGUAACACUCAUUACAAACUAAAAACUACUGUAGCACUAAAUAAAAGGAUGGGUGAAUUAAAGCAAAUUUACCUUUUAAUACAGAGUGAUAUUUCCAAGGAAAACAUAAAAGAAGCUCUUAAUACUUAUAACACCCAUUACAAAAAUAUUAAGGAUAUUGAAGGAUUUCAAAAUUUUACAGUUAGUGUAAUUAGUGCAUUGGCUCAAAAACUUCAAUUUGAAUUAUCAUCUAAUAACCAAACUAAACAGUCAAGAAUAAAUGUUGAUUAUGUUAUUAAAUUUGGUGAUCGUUGUUUUGAAAUGCCUAAAUUGUCAGAUUUACAACACUUGCAAAAUAGUCUAUAUGUAAUUAUUAGAUAUUUACUUUCGUAUAAUCAUGUAAUUGAAGCUGUUCGUUUUAGUAAUUAUUUUUUAAAGUAUUCAUCUUCUCCUUGUGAUAUACUGAAGCAUCUAGUUCAAUUAUUUGCACAUUUCAUACAUAAUAUAUGUCCAAUUGAUGAUGAUUUGAAAAAAUUAAAUGUUAUUUUGAUGUGGGAUGCUGCAUUGAACUUAGUGAAACAUUAUACCGAAAAAGAAAUAGAUUAUGCAUUAUAUUCAUUAGCAAUGCUUGUAAAAAAUAUAAAUGGAAAAAUAUUACAUGAAGGUCGUUCUAUGGAUUUAGUUAUUUUAGAUAUGACUUUAGAAUCGGUUCUAUCAUCUGUUGAUUUUAGAAAAAAGAGUGAUCAAGAUAAUAUGAUGAAUUUAUAUUCAAAGUUAAUUGAAAAUAUUGUGGCUGUAAUGCAAAAUAUGAUGCGUCGUAAACAGAUACAUGUACAUUUUUUAGUCAAACAUAUUGAAUUAAUGAUUGAUGUUUGUUGUUUGACUAAAACUGAAAAAGAAGAUCUGUCAUUUUUGAUUUUAUUAUUCAAAUUUAUUGACAAUUCAGUGAAAAAUGGUCUGGAUUCAAAUUUUGAAAUCAGGAAAAUGAUUACUAUUGUUCAGAAGUAUGAACCCUGUACAAUACUGCCAAAUACUAUGUCAUAUCAUGUGAUGAAAGCUGCUAUAAUUACUAUUACUAAAUUGAAAAACUUAUGGUAUGAUGAAUUGAUUAUUAACUCUCCUGAAACUGUUUCACAAAUGUUUCUCCUGUUGCAAAAUUUAUUUUAUUUAAGUAAAAAUGGUUCAGUUAGUAUGAUAUGUUGUAAAAGUAAGAAUUGUGAUCUCUAUGAGGAUUCAACAUCAGAAAUGAGUUUAAUUAAUAUUGUAUUCAUUAUGAUACGACACAUUAUUACUACUAAUGUUACAUUUUUAAAUUCAGAAGAUAUCUUAAAGUGGAUGAAUUUUUUUACAUCUUUAUUUAAACGAGUAUGUAAAUCAAAAUGCUUAAAUAAAAUCCCUUUCAUUGAAUUUUCUUUAACAAGUGCUUACAAUUUGUGUAUUCAAAAAAAUGUUGGUGAGUUGAGUAAUUUAUGUAUGGAUUUUUUGGAAAAUAUAUGUUUAUUGCUAGAUCCUAGUGGUAUUAAUCCAGAUCUUGUAGCUCGCGUAGCAAUUUUAUUAAGUCGUUAUUUAUAUAAUAAUAAUAAAAACGAUGAUGCUUUAAAGUGUAUUGCCUAUUGGUGUGUUCAAACUCGUUCUGAUCUUGCUGCCCAACAAUGGGUUUGUCUUAAGUGUAAAGAAGAAAGAAAUAAUCGUUUUGUGAAACAAACAAUUUUGAAAAUGUUUGAUGAUAAAUUGCAAAAAAAAUGGCCAGUUUGUAGUUUAAAAAAAUCUGAUUGUAUUGAAAUAAUGUGGUUGGAAUUAAAAGCCCAUAAUUAUCAAUAUAAAGUGAAACAAGACAUUACUAGUGUCCUGGAAUUGUUUGAAGACUUAAUGAGUAAUAGUAUAGUACCAAAAGAGUUAAAGUGUCGAGUUGUUGUUACUACUGCUCAUAUAAUACUUUAUUCAAAUAAUAUAAAUGGUUUAGAAUCUGUAAUUGAUGUAUUGGAGGACUACAUUUGUAAACUAGAAGUAGAAACAUCAAUGGAGAAAAAUAGCAUACCAUUGGUUAUGGGCUGCUUAUACUAUGCAAGUUUCAUAUGUUCGUUUAAACAUUUACAGAACCGUGUUAGUAAAGAAUUAGAUUCAUUUACAGAAGAGAGAUUGGAACGUGGUACAGAGCUACAAAAUAUUAUGCAGUAUGAACCUAUGGCUUGGAUACAUCCAUUAAAAAUUAAACCUAAAAUAUUUAAUUACUUAAAUUGUGCAGUUAAGAAUUGGUCUAAUUUAAUUAAUGAUACAAUCAACGAUGAGUAUUAUGUUAAAAUUAUUUUUGAAAGUCUCCAUGAAGCCGCCUUUGUAUUCAAAUUACAUUGUGACCCAAAAGAAGUGGAAGUAUGGCAAUUAUUAUAUAAAUUAGCAUCCAAUAUUAAGUCUCACAAAUAUAUUUUUAUAGCCCUUUCAGAAUUAAUGAAAAUUGGUCAAAAAAAUGAUCAGUCAGAUCAUUUAGAAUUGGAUAAUUUAGCUAACAAAUUACCUAAAAUGGCUAUUAACUAUAAGUUGACAUUAGUUACUAUUUUCUUAAAUCAAUCCAAAUAUAAAGAUGCACAAAUAUUGUUGGACAGUAUUGAUAAAGAAGAAUUAAAUAAUUAUACUAUACUAAUGGCAGAAUAUUCUUAUCUAAGAAGUCGUUUAUGCUUUGAAUCAAGAAACUUUAACAAUAAUAAAUGUCUUUCUAUAUUCAUUGAAGCUUACAAUCUUGCACAUGGUUUAAUUAAAAGAUUAGAUUAUUUUUAUGAAUAUUUGGUUAUGCAUUUUGUAAUAUUGAGUAUAUGUUCUUAUUUGAAUUUAAUCUUUGUAAAUACUUUAAAACCGGUUGAAGCCCGCUGUUUUUUAAAAGUCCAAAUGAAAAUAGUCUUAAAGUCUGUUCUCACCAAAAGAGCAUUAAAUGUAUUUAUAAUGAGUUGCUGGAAUGAAUUAAUGUGUUGCAAUUUAGAAAAUGUUUAUGGACAGCUAGAACAUUUAAUGAUACUACUGGAUUUUAAGGAAGAUGAAUUUGAUUCAAAAAUACAAUCACUUACUAUAAGUCACUCUACAAAUAUUUUGUCUUCUCCAUUGUCAGAUUAUAGGUGUAUGUCUAACAAUAGAGUGCGUAAAAUGGCAUCUCCAUCCUUAAAACAAUUUAAUAAUCAAAGUGCACAAAUGAGUAUCACCGAAUUUUGUAAAAGUGUUAUCAGUGGCGAUGUAACUUAUGAUUCAAUAAUAGUAUGUUCAGUUAUUGAAGUAUGCAUUAUUAAAGCUAUUUGCUGUUCUAUGGCUAACCAACAAAAUAAAGCUGAAAAUGAUUUUAAAAUGAUUUUUAAAUUAUUGGAACUUGUUGAACCACAGUUUAAUAAAAAUGAAGUUUAUAAUACUUUAACAGCUAGACAAAAUUCACUUGCAAAAUAUCAUUAUGGAAAACAUUUAGUUUUUUUUAAUAAUUCAACCAAGUCUUUGGAUUACAUUAAAAAAGCUAAGGAAUUGUGCAAGGAUAAAUGGUUAUCAUUAUAUGUAAAUGAAUUGAGUUUAUCACUUAAAAUUUAUGAAAUUAUGAGCUAUCCUGGUUCAAAUAUUAGCCAUUCCCCUAAAGUAGAAUCCCAUACGUAUAAAUACCAGACACCAGCUACUAAAAUUCGUGUUAAUACAAAGCCACAAGCUCUGCCAAGGUUUGUCACUCCAACGGUUAGGAAAUUAAGAAUGACAUUAGAAAGUCCUAAAUCAAGAGAAAAUAAAAUAAAAUCACCUGUAAUAAGAGAGUCUGAAAAACUAAAAAAAGAUUCAACUUCUAAGAAAAAAAUUGGAAAAGAGAAUAUUAUUAAGUCUACAAUGAAAGCAGAUAUUGAAGUAAAAGUUAGAGAGAAAAGAAAUACAAGAAAAAAAGAAACAACCGAACAGACAUCAACAUUAGUUAUUAAAAAACGUCCAAACAGACUGAAUAUUUAAAUCUAGUUGUAAAUCUGUUUUCUUAAACAUUUGUAAUUUUGAUUGGAAAUAAUAAC